AUGAGUAUAGCUGCAUAUGCGUAUGAAGCUGACAGAGCUAAACGUUUAUAUUUUGGUCAAUACUCUCUCACACUUACUGACAAAUAUAUUGUUAUCAGUGAUGGAAAUACCGAGAAAUACAUAACAUGGAAGGACUAUGAAAAGUUUGACCCCAUUUUAACUCCAUGCACUAUGCCAUUCAUUGUAAAUGGUGAAGUUGUCAUGAAGAACGACACAACAGUAUAUAAGUCUGUUCAUGAAGCGUUAGAAUAUAUGUUGAAUUAUAAUCCCGAAAGAUUUGACCCAAGCACUACGCCAUGUACAAUGCCUUUUAUUAAGGAUGGUGAAAUCGUAAGAGUUCCGGAUUCAACGGUUUACACAGCUGUUCAAAACAGUUUACAAAACAUUUUAGCGAAUAUCUUUAAUUCAGAAACUACAGAAAUAAAAUUACCAUAUAUAACAGAUGCUAAAGAAAUUAAAUCAAAAACGACAACAUUAUUUACGUCACUUAAUGAUUUAAUGACUUAUAUCAUUAAUAUUCCUGCACCAACUAUAGCAUUUGAUCCAAACUCGACGGUUUGCAGUGUACCUUUCAUAAAUGACAGUUCAUUAAUUACUUUAAGGGAUUCGACAGUAAAUGAAUCAUUAAAGGCGUCAUUAAUGAAAAUCAUUGAUUUUAAUUCAUUCAUGAAUACAUAUAAUUCAUUCAUUAAUGUUUCAUACACUUCUAAAGAAGGUGAGCCAAAAACUAUUGAUAAAGCGGUGUAUGAAAUAAAAGCAUCAACGACGAAAUUGAAUUCGUUAACUUUUGACGGUGAUAGUUUCGUUAAUGACAUAACAUCGGGGAAAACAAUUUUAACGAAAGAAUAUUUAAAAUCUCAUGUUAGUGAGUUCGUUGAAAUUGAAAAAGAAGGUGGAAUUAAGUUCGAUCCACUGAAUUUCAUUUUCAGCUUAGCGAAUGCGGGUGUUAGUUUCGCUGAAUGGACAACUAUACAGAGUGAAAUAAAUGCAAUAUGGACGUUUUUGGGGUCAAAAGCGGGAAUGGGUGGUGCUUUUGCGUAUAUAAUGAGGAAUAAAGGAACUCGUGAAGUGUUAAGAGUUUUACAAAAGUUUGUAGCAGAACAUAACCCAAGUACUUUAACAUCAGACCAAGACAGUGCAUACCUCAGCAACGAAAUCACAGAAUUUCUCAUUAAGCAUAACAUAACUCACUACACUACUGAAGACCAUAACCAUAAUAUUUUAGGUAUCAUUAAUCGCUUCAUAAGAACGCUCAGAGAUUUAAAUCAAGAGCGAGACUUUACCGAAGAAACAGUGAAACAUUUUCUCGAAGUAUAUAAUUCCUCAACAAAUUCUACAACAGGACAUACACCAAAUUCAAUGACACAACAACAAGAAGAAAAGUAUAUACAAAAGAAACGAAGCCAAACACAAAAUAUCAGAAAUUCAACACAAUUUACCCUCAUUCCUGGUACAAAAGUUCGUGUAGUUCUUGACGACAAACCGUUGACAAAGAAACGUUUAAGGUUAAGUCGAAAUUAUUAUAUCGUAGACUCUACGCAAGGUAAUGGAUAUCUUAUAAAAGCUGCUGACGACUCUAUUGCGUUUUAUCCUCGUCAUAAAUUAGUCGAAAGUAGUAAUGGCAAACUUGCUGAAACCAUUGACGAAGCAAAGCGAGGAGUGGUUAUUGAAAUACUUAACUAUAACAUAAACGAUGACACUUAUAAAGUAAGAUAUGAAGGAGGCGUUGAAGAUGUUAUACCAUCUAAGAACUUGAGAGAGUCAAAGCCAACACAUCUGGGACCAUUAGAGCGGGAGUACUGGAAAGACAAAAAUAAGCCAGAAAGAAUAAGAAAAUUCUUCUAA